CCCAAGUCAGGACUUCACCCUCUUCACUUUCUCCUCCCAAAGUGGCACUCAUCAUUUCCUGCCCGGAGCUGACAGAGAAAGCAAGGUUGGACUCGACAGCUCUCCUACGGAGUCAUGUUGCUGUGGUCAUUAUGGAGCACAAUAAUGCUACUGGCCCACCUGGAGGCUGCAGAGGACAACGUCCGAGCAGGCUGUAGCACAGCUGUAAAUGACCUGGUCUAUAUUGUUGAUGGCUCAUGGAGUGUUGGCUUCUCUGACUUUGAAACGGCCAAACAGUGGCUUAUCAACAUCACCAGCCAAUUUGACAUCAGCUCCCACUACACACAGGUGGCUGUGAUCCAGUACAGCGACACUCCUCGACUGGAGAUUCCUCUGGGGAUACACCAGGGUGGAGCGAAGCUCAUCCAGGCCAUACAGAGCAUCACCUACCUGGGAGGAAACACACAGACCGGCAGGGCCAUCAAGUUUGCCGUGGACCACGUUUUUGCCUCUUCCCACAGAGCCAGCCAGGUGAAGAAUCGCAUCGCUGUCGUGGUUACUGACGGCAAAUCUCAGGAUGACGUGGUGGAUGCCAGUAUGGAGGCACGAGCUCAGGGCAUUACAGUAUUUGCUGUUGGAGUUGGCAGUGAGAUCACCACCUCGGAGCUGGUAUCCAUCGCCAAUAGACCAUCAUCCGCCUAUGUCCUGUAUGCCGAAGACUACACUACCAUUGAGCGUAUUCAAGGUUCCAUGGAGCAAAAGCUCUGUGAAGAGUCUGUGUGUCCAACACGAAUCCCGGUGGCAUCUCGUGAUGAGAAAGGCUUUGAGCUGAUGCUGGGCAUGAACAUUCAGAAGAAGGCCAAGAAGAUCGCUGGCUCUCUGCUUUCUGAGGCAGCUUACGCUAUGACUGCCUCCACAGACAUUACUGAGAAUACCAGGGAUAUCUUCCCAGAGGGUCUCCCUCCCUCCUAUGUGUUCGUAGCCACCCUGCGUCUAAAGGGGUCUUCUAGCAAGCUGACCUUUGAUCUUUGGAGGGUGCUGUCUAAGGAUAAGGAGAUCCAGGCUGCAGUGACACUAAGUGGGAAGGACAAAACUGUCAUCUUCAGCACUACCAGUACAACAGAAAAGGAGCAGAGAGUCAUCUUCAAAGCCGGCUUUCAGACUCUGUACGAUGGAAAGUGGCAUCAGCUCAAAGUCCUGGUGAGACCACGUCAGGUGACCGGUUUCCUUGACGAUCAACUGAUCCAGGAAAUAAUGCUGGAACCGGUUGAGCCCAUCUACAUCAAUGGGGAGACACAGGUUGCUAAGAGGCGAGGAACAGACAUCACUCUGCCUGUGGAGAUUCAGAAGCUGCGUCUGUACUGUGAUCCUCAUCAGAGUGAGAGAGAAACAGCUUGUGAGAUUUACUCUGUGGAUGAUGAAAGGUGUCCUCUGAAUCGAACAGCCACAGUGGAGGAAGAAGACUGCAACUGUGUAGUUGGACCACAAGGGCAGCGUGGCCUGCCAGGUCCCAUGGGUUUCCGAGGGGAGAAAGGGAGGGAUGGACCACCAGGACCUGAUGGUAAGCCUGGUAAUGUUGGGAAACCUGGGGAAUCCGGCCCUCCUGGAUUACCAGGGAUGAAGGGUGAAGGUGGCCCAGCAGGACUAAGAGGGGAGCCUGGUCUAAAAGGCAUCAAGGGAGACCGAGGGGAACCAGGCUUAUCAGGAGAACUAGGACCCAAGGGUCUUGCUGGCGAGAGAGGUGAGCAAGGACCUCCAGGAGAAUCUGGACCAACAGGGGAGCCAGGAUUACCAGGCACUGCUGGACUGAUUGGGACACCAGGACCAAAGGGAGAAGUGGGAGUGAAGGGAGUCAGUGGUGCUGCCGGAGCUCAAGGCGCCCCGGGUGUCCAAGGACCUCCUGGCGAAGUGGGCCUAAAGGGACCUCAGGGAGAGGGAGGCUUGCCUGGGCCACGAGGACUACCUGGAAUAGACGGGACACUGGGAAUCCAGGGAGCCGAGGGGCCUCGGGGGCCGCCCGGAGAGAUCGGCCAAGAUGGUCCCAAGGGGAAGUGUGGAGAUCUAGGGGUCACUGGUCCCGUUGGUCCACCAGGCCAGAAGGGAUCAACAGGGGAGUCAGGCUUUCCUGGGCUGCCAGGUGCCAUAGGGCUGUCGGGGUUCAAAGGUCACAAGGGGGAGAGAGGAGAGACGGGCUCUAAAGGAUGCCAGGGGGAGCAAAGCAGAGAUGGAGAUCCAGGGACUCCCGGCGUACCUGGCAAAGUGGGACCCAUGGGAAGGAAAGGAGAGACAGGAAUGAUGGGUGACUCAGGCCACAGGGGGCCCGAAGGAAGGAAAGGGGACAUAGGCCACACGGGUACUGUUGGUCACAGGGGAUUUCCUGGUCACGACGGGUUGCCGGGCCAACCAGGUCAACCGGGAUAUCCUGGGAAACCUGGCAAGCCUCCCUCAGAUGAAUAUCUUCUAAAGCUCUGCACUGAUGUUCUCCGUAAUCAGCUCCCAGCACUGCUCCAGACUUUGGCCCCUCCAGCUAGGUGUGAGCCUUGCCAGAGCAUGAAGGGAACUCCGGGAGAGCCAGGAGCAUCAGGACCCAAAGGCUCCAUGGGUACUACAGGCUACCCUGGCAGGAGGGGCACUCCUGGUUACCCUGGACCUUCUGGAAUGCAGGGUCAUGCAGGCCUCAAAGGUGACAUGGGACCAAGAGGGCUCAAAGGCAGCAAAGGAGAAGGUUACCAUGGACCUCCGGGACCACCUGGACAGCCAGGGAUUCAGGGUCCUCGGGGCUUCGAUGGAAUCGGCCAUCUAGGAAACCAGGGUAUUCCUGGAAAACCUGGACCACUAGGAGAACCUGGUAAACGGGGCCACCCAGGGCUUCCAGGGGUUUGUGAUGUUUCCAUGUGUUAUCAGACCUACAACCUCAGGGAACAUUACAGCAAAGGCCCCAACGUCUGAUAACAUAGUAGCGUGGGAAGGGCUGCUAUGAAACACACCCAAGUGUUUCGAGGAAGCGAUUUACUGUAUCCCUGAUUUACAGAGAUGUGUGUGACUGUUGAUUUCUUCAUGACAAAGUGUGUGUGGAGAACAGCUACACUGGAGGCAGAAAUAACCUCGUUAGUUGACUGAAAGUAAACAGUUCAUCAUUAUGGAAUUCAUGCUUAAAGACGGUCAGCAGGCUAGCCACCUAGCUUACCCAGGCUAACAGGGCUUUAUACACUUUUAAACUAGCAACGUUUCAAAAAACAGGUUUAGAUAAUGAGUUUCAGUUAGAUGAGAACCAAAAUAGUUGUAACUGAGUUGUGUUGUUUUUUUGUGUGAAUAGCAUGACAGCAAAUUUACAUUAAGAACAGCUACCUCCUCUUUUUCCUGAUGUUGCCACUGGCUUUGCUAACAAGACAAGAUGCUUACAGGCCGACAUAACCAGCAGGCCCGUCAUAUUUCAAUGCAACAUGCAUGCACAGAAAAUUAAACGAAUUAAACAAUAUUAAAUGAAUGAAAUAAAUAUAAGUCUUAAUGCAUUGUAAACAGCCUAAUAAGACCGUAGGCUUUUCUAUGUGAGCUCAUGUGGCAAAAAAGUGGUAUGAGAUCUCUGACAGAGCUAAACUCAAGUAGACCAAGUCUCUUUUAAUUCAUUAAAAAAAUUGUUUUGCCCGCUAGGAGCCCAUAUCCAUCAAAAACUGCAUAUUAUUAACAGAAGUGGACAUGAGCUUUGCUUGAAAGUGCAGUUCCCCUGGCUUCACAAAUGAGGUUCAUAUCAACCAGUGAGAUUAUUCCUGUCUUCAGUGCAGAAAUGAUUGUGUCUACAAAUGAUGUGAGAGGUACAGUCUACUCCUUGACAAUGGAUGUGGACAUGUCACAAUGAAAGAACAGGACACACAAUGUCCACAUGAUUAUCUUGUGAAAGGUUAGCUAACAGUUAGAUCAGGCAGUUUAGUCAAAGAGAAAAAAUGAAUAAAUAUAAAAAUAAAAAAAACUCACUUGAUAUCACUCCAACUGCAACAUUGCUAGUUUGCAGUCUGCUGGAGCACCAGCAGUUGUGCUAAUCCAUCACUGUGACACACUGGUUGUAAUAAUCCUGUCACUGUCUGUUUUUAACCUUUCUUGGUUUGCCAAUAUUACAUAGACUCAUUUUACAUUGCUUUUCUGUGUGUGUGUGUGCGUGUGGAUUACAGUGAAUUCUUAGAUAUUGGUCUUAUGCAGGUUUAUAUUUUGUUUCAUAUUGUAUUAAGUUUCUUCAAUUCAAGUAAGUAAGGGGAAUUCAGUAAGAAGCUUUUUGCUCAAACUGAACUUUAUCCACUUCCACUCUACCUGUCUCGAUAAAUUCAGAAUUACAUUUCCAUCAGUCAUGUGAUACUAGCCAGUCUCUUCUCUAGAAAUAUAGUUAAAAAUACAGUUAGAAAUAUAGUUAGAUCGACAAUGGUUAGUUAAAAGUGCUCCGGGACUUGCGAGUCGCCAUUCCCAAUGGUUUCUGGGGUAAUUAUGUCCAUCUUACCUUUUUUCUGUUGUAAUUUUUUUUGUUUUAUGGUCACACUAAUGUUGUCGUUGGUUCCAUGCUUAGAACUCUUUAUAAAAAGUUGAGCUCAAUUCGUACAUCUGUAAGUGAUGAAGAACAAUUAGGAUGAUUACUAAGUGUCCGAAAUCUCACUUUACUGCUCACUAUAGAGCAUCUAUAAGGACAGUUGACUGAGUGGACACAGCCCUUCUCUCACCAAGUAGCACCUCCUCUUUGAGACUCGUCUGUGGUACUCUGUUGCUGCUAUGUGCAGUGUGCUGGCGUAUGAUUGGUUGCCUUGAUACGCUUCAAAACAUUUUGAUUUCUAUGAUGCAUUACUCUUAUUCAGUUCAGCAGCUGCUUUCCCUGCUUGUUUUUCAGUUGUUUUUUGACUGUCUCACCAUGUUUACUUUUGAGAAGUUAUACAGUUGGCCCGCAAUGUGACUGGGUAGAUCUAUUUUUGCUAUUAUCUAUCAAUGCGUUCAUAUAACAGCAUUUUUAUGAUGACAUGUUUGGAGCUGGUUGGGUAAUUCAAACUAUGGGCUGAACUACACAGUGGGAUGUAGGGUUAGCGAGAUAACUUCGCUGUACGUUGCUGUAUGUUGCCAAAUAAUGCAUUUAGCUUACAGCUUUUUCAGUACCUUCUUUUGCAACCAUUAAGGUAUUUAAAUCUAGUGGUUUUACACAAAAUAAAAGUCUAAAGCUAUAGCCAGCAGCACAUAGAGGCUGCAUUGUUUGUCACAUCCAACAGUACUAAAUAGAUUGAUGACUCAUUGAUGAUUUUGCUAUUCCUAGAAACUUUCCCAUGGUGUAAAAUCCCAAGAUAAUAGCAGUAAAAUAAUAAAAGUUCAUCAUUUGGGGACCAUGAAUGUGCUAAAGAAAUGUCUUUGCAAUAUGUACAUUACAUUUUAAGUUAUCUUUUGUACAAAGUUUUAUUUUGGCCUGAGGGGGCAGCUGGAUGAAACGUAAUGGAGAAUAUCAUGGGUUCAUCCCCAGAGAAACAUGAAUUUGACAUCUCCCAGCUAUAUUUUAGAUGUAAAAUGUAAACACCGACCAAAUAACACUAACUUGCAGUUUGCCGUAUCAGCAUGGGGAGAACCCAUGCUGAUACGGCAAACUACAAGUAAUGCUACUCCCUCAGUCCAAAGACCAAAGACAUGCAGCUCAGGUUAAUUGAGAACUCUAAAUUGCCCGUAGGUGUGAAUGUGAGCGUGAAUGGUUGUCUGUCUCUAUCUGUCAAUUGAUAUCAGCCCUGCGAUGUCAAAUAGGAUCGGCUCCAAAUCGGCUGCUUCAGUUUUCUACUUUUAAUCCGUUGUAAGUUCCCCAACUUUAUUGAAAUGAAAUACUAAACCGAACAAGUCAUGGGACACAAUAAUGAGAAAAUACUAGUGUAAGUUUGGGUAACCCAUGACUGUUGGUCGGUGACAGGACAGGGACUACAGCAUCAGUCACAUGUGUUCCACACCCAACCACCCACUCUACCCUCUACCCUAAAAAUAUUUGCAGCACUAUAUCACCAUCAUGCUACUUCAGCUUCUGCUACUGAGUAAGCUCCAGUUUUUCUGCUUAGUACACGCUUUCCACCCUCCUACAGUCUCACAUUUAAUGCUGUGACUGAGUCUUAAAAGUUGCAACACAGUAUCACCGGUAUCUUGACACAGCAUCCUGUGUAUUAUCUGUCAAUUCUGAGAACUGACCCCCACCAAAGUGGUGUCACACUAUCAGUAACCAUUUUCACUGCAGAACAGUCUACGCUGUGUGAAACCUGAUUUUCAAUUGCAGAUGAUUUGUCAUCUUUAGCAUUUUGACCUGAGUUUUACUAGGUUAUUCAUAUUAUUGUUGGAGAUUACAGUGGUUAAACAAAACCCUCUUUAUGAAAUUACACAUGUUUGCAUUAUGUUGUCUAUCUGUAUUUGUAAUAUAUUGAAAAAACUGUUCACAAUCUUUUCAAAGUUAACAUCAUGUCUAAUAUCCAUAACUGCUGGAAAAUGCUGUUAUUUUUAUACAUAUUAUGUACUAUUUGCAAAUACAUUGUGUUCAUUUUUUGGUUGUAAAAUUAUUUUAUGUUGAAAUAAACCUUUAUUAUGCAA